UCCCCCUUGUGAUGCUCCUGCUUGCAUGGGUUGCCUUUUUCUUUUAUGGCUUGCAGUGGCAUUGAACUAAAUUCUAGAGCAGACCUCUGUGGUGGCUUUAGGGUGCACUGAUAUCCUGAACAAAUCCUUUUUGGAAGCAAACACGGCCCAUAUUAUUGACUGUCUGGAGAGACUCUUGCAAUAACUGAGAGGACAGGAGACCAUAAACUGUGCAGAGCCUUUAAGCUCUCAGAGCUGUCCCACAGCCACGUGCUGGAAUGUGUCGUGGAGGAGCACAGGGAUGUUCUUCAGAGGUUGGCUUGCUGGAAAUUUGAAGCCAUGUGAGAGUGAAAUCACUCCAUCCUUUGUUAAGAGUAUAUGAUGUUCCAGAGCUGUCUUGUCCUCUUAGCUACUCAGCAGGGAGGCAGUCUGUGGGAAAGAGUACCUGCAGAAACUUUACAGUGUCCUGAUGUCUCCCGGUCCUGCUCCUGGAGUGGCAGUGAAUGUCACCACUGAGCUUUCUCUAAGGUUGUUUGUCUGACUGAGUUCCGGAGAGGAGCAUCGUGUCCCAUGGAGGAGCUGGAGAGGUUUCUAUUGCUGACGGAUUUGCUCUGGCACCUGAUGUGCGUGCCAGCAGCCAUCUCAUCAGGGGGACGUGGACGUCACUGUCACCAUAGAGACAGCAAGGAGGAUUCAGUUUCAAAAGGUGAAGAGAAGCUGGGAAGUAGGAAGGAGGAAGCAUUUUUUGCUGCAGGUCUGAGAAAGGGGAGGCUGGCAUGGAUAAAGAGAAGUUCCAGCAGAAGGCUCUGAAGCAAACUAAGCAGAAGAAAUCCAAGUCGGCUGAAUUUCUGAUGGUAAAAGAAGAGAGAGCAGCAACAGAAGGCAUUGAAAAUCCAGCUUUUAACAUCAGCAGCACAGAUCUUUCAGCAUAUCAGCCUUCAGAAGAGAAAGUUAUUAGACAUGACAAGCCAGAUAGCACCCUUGCAGCUCACCAACAAAAACUCGGGCUGCAAGCCCAUGCUGAACCAAGAGGAAAUGAAUACAGCAGAAAUUACUUUGACCCAUUGAUGGGUGAGGAAAUAAACCCAAGGCAGUGUGGGAUGGAGGUCAGUGAGGAAGAUCCUGUGGAAUUUGAUGAGCAAAUCCUAUUCUCUAAACUGAUGAAACUUCUAGAUGAAGAAAACAAGAUGCUGGACUUCCAAGCCAGCGUCAUCAGUGAAGAUUUUCCGGACGCUGUCAUGCCUGUCAGCUCCAGUAAGGCAUGUGACCUUCACAGGGAGCUUGAAGAUGAAGAGAUUCCUUCGUAUAUCGAACAGUUUGAGAGGGAUGUUCAGGAUGACAUAAUUCUGCUUGGCAGCUUUUCACUGGAACAGGGAACCAUGAGGGAAAAGGAUUCAGAUGGUACAAAGAACCUCAUCUGCCUCAAGGGACUGGUGGAGGAUGAACCUGGAAAUGGGCGAACAGGAAGUGCUGCACCUUUCCAGAAGGUUUUAAUGCGCUGA